UGUUUUAGUUUAGGCUAAAGUUGAAUUCAAGCGACGUCUGAGAGGCAGACGCGCAGAGGGGAGCUGUGACGUCACUCAGCGCAUAAAGUCCUUCAGGGAAAGCAGCGCUGAGGCGCAGGAGAGCAGUGUGGGAAGUUGUCAGUGUUGGCUGCUGUAUCGUGACCACUUAAGGAGAUGUGAGGAGAUCAGAGGGGCAGGCGCUGCCCACUGUGAAGGAAAUGAUGCUUGAAAGUACCAGAAGUCUUUAUUCGUUAUGAGCAGUAAACUGGACGAGCCGCUCGAUUUCAGCACCCAGGACAGUUCACAGCUGGCGGAAUGAGAUCGUCCCUGAGUGAAGAUGGCGUGCAGGAACUUGUCAUGUCCAGCCUGACGUCCAAGAUCCUGGACGUGCGUGUAGGGCCCGCGCAGGACACAGCGACGACUACAGCUUCAAGUUUUAUGGAGAAUGAAACCAGCUGUGGAGAGCAAAUCCUGAGCUAUGGGAAGACGGAGAAAGUGCUCAUAGGAGGAAUUCUGACCAUGCUCACCUUCUUAACCAUCUGCGGGAAUUCGCUGGUGGUCAUUUCCGUCUGCUUCGUGAAGAAGCUGAAACAGCCCUCUAACUACCUGAUCGUGUCUCUGGCAGUGGCGGACCUGUCCGUGGCUGUGGCUGUGAUGCCUUUUGUGAGCAUCACUGACCUCAUAGGAGGACAGUGGAUCUUUGGGCGCGUUUUCUGUAACGUCUUCAUCGCUAUGGACGUGAUGUGUUGUACAGCGUCAAUAAUGACUCUCUGUGUGAUCAGUAUAGACAGGUAUCUCGGUAUAACAAAGCCACUGACAUAUCCUGUGAGACAGAGUGGAAAGUGUAUGGCCAAGAUAGUGCUGUCGGUAUGGCUCCUGUCUGCUUCAAUCACACUGCCUCCUUUGUUUGGAUGGGCACAGAACGUGAACGACGACAACGUUUGCUUGAUCAGCCAGGACUUGGGCUACACCAUCUACUCCACAGCUGUGGCCUUCUACAUCCCAAUGUCCGUCAUGCUAAUCAUGUACUACAGGAUAUACAGGGCGGCUAAAGUAAGUGUGGCCAAGCAUGCCAUCGCCAUCAUACCUAAGGCCGAGGAAGCCAGUGUGGACUGCGUUUCUGCCGUACUGAAGCUCCAGAGGGAUGCUGAAGAGUGCGCAAGCUUUGCUCGUCUUUUGAGGAGUGACCGCAGGAACAUCUCCAUCUUCAAGCGUGAGCAGAAAGCAGCAGCUACUCUGGGUAUAGUGGUGGGGGCCUUUAGUGUGUGCUGGCUGCCUUUCUUUCUGUUGUCAACUGCACGGCCCUUCAUCUGCGGCGUGACUUGCAGCUGCGUGCCCUUAUGGGUGGAGAGGACCCUGCUCUGGCUGGGAUAUGCCAACUCCCUCAUCAACCCCUUUAUCUACGCCUUCUUCAACAGAGACCUCAGGACCACCUACCAGAACAUCAUCUGCUGUCGAUAUCGUAACAUCAACCGUAAACUCUCAGCAGCCAGUAUGCAUGAGGCGCUCAGACUAGCAGAAAGGCCUGAGGUCACAAUGUAGGUCAUUUUUAUUGGGAUAAAUAUUUAAAAACAAGGUGUCAAAAAGUGUUCAGAAAGGAAUAGUUUGGCAAAACACUGAGCCCAAAUGCAACUGAUCAACCAAGGUGUUCUUUAGUUUAGAACUGAAGCUACUACACUAACAGUACUAAUAGCUGAAGAAGUCGGAAGAGUCAAUAGUCACCCAAGCUGUUUCCCAGAUACAUGCCGAAAUUGUCAUAUAUUAGUUUCACGUUAUGUUAAUAAGAUACGUAAAUUUGUAAAAAUAAAGGAUUAUUUACACAUUUAAGCUACAUUAUCAUCUGCAUAACGUCCUGCAUUCAGUACUGUUCCAACUUUAUUCUGGGAGCCUGAAGCGCAGGGUGUGUUGUGAAAACCUCACUUUAAACACGUAACUAAAUCUAAAUCUAAAUCUUUCAACUUCACUUUAAAAGAUUUAGGGGUCAGAGUUCAAUUAAUGCUUUGCAUUUAAAUAAAUCAUAAUUUGAUCCUUAUAAUUAUCAAAGGCCUGAACGUAUAAUUUACUUUUUUUGAAAUAGAUUUUUUCAAUAGAAUGGUCCAUAUUUUUCUCCGUAAUUUUAGAACAGUAUGUGCAAAAAUGUAACAUGUUUUGAGGUGAUUCCAAUAGAAAAGCUCUCUCAUUUCCAUCCCUAUGUAGGUAUCUCGGGAUAACAAAGCCACUGACAUAUCCUGUGAGACAGAGUGGAAAGUGUAUGGCCAAGAUAGUGCUGUCGGUAUGGCUCCUGUCUGCUUCAAUCACACUGCCUCCUUUGUUUGGCUGGGCACAGAACAUGAACAACGACAACCUGUGUGAAAUUUUUAUAUAUUUGUUUCAUGUUAUGUCAAUAAGCUACACAAAUUUGUAAAAAU